GGGAAAAAAAACUAGGAUACACUAUACACGAUACACACUAUACACACCCGCCACUGGAAGUUUAUCUACCUCCGUUGAUAACUAGACAAGAAGUACCUUGACCAUUACAAUCCGUUAUUAAGACUCACACACACGUUAGUCAUUAGUCGGCUCGCUCCAGCACAGGGUUCGUCCAGUAGUGAGAUUUUUCGUCGAUAUUUAACUCGUCGUGAUAUAAGUUUUUCAUCUUUCGUAAUACCUAAAUCUCUACCUGAUUGUGUUUAUCUCAAAAUGAUACUCGUUUCGAUGAUUGUCGUAUUCGGUUCGUGUGAUUUUCGACCAUGCCAUAAAAUUCGUUAUUUCAAUAAGGUGCAGUGUUGAUUACACCACCACCCUUUUAAUUCAUAGUUCAGUUCGCGUUCUCCUUUUCUCUUAUUCCGCAAUCAAAUUUCGUUUCGAAUGGCGAGUAAAUUUUUACCGAUUUUUUUGCUGUAUCUUCAAACAUCGAGUACUGUUUUAGCAUCGUAUAGUGAUAAUAAUUCGUCGCUUUUACAAGAAGAAAAUGAAUUCGAGCUGCAGACUCAACAAACUGAAGAAGAUGGAGUGAAAAUAGCUGAAAACUCGCUGACCACCGAAUCACCAGCAGCAGCGUCGGAUUUUAAUUCUAUUAUUUGCUCCACGUUUCCAGGAACGUGCUCUAGACUGCAGUCUUUUACCAGACAGUUGUUUCGUUUAGGUGGAUUUGAAGGACGCGGACCGAAGGAUUUGAUUGCUAUCGUGUCAACGAUGCUGGCUACUUUAUUGGGAGCAAUUUUAGUCAAGUUGAACGUGCUCAUUGUCUUAUCUUUGAUAAGCGUCGGUAUCGGUAAAAUAUUAGUUUUAUUGUUGACGCUUAAAUCGCAUUUAUUCGCUCAUCAGAAAACUCAGCAGCCGAGCAUCGUUUAUGAGAAAAUAUAUUAUCCUCAUCAUAAAGAAUACAAUAUGAAUCAACUUCCUCAAACGUAUCAGGAUGAUUAUUCGACGUAUAAUUUAUCUAGCUGAGAAUAACCAAAAUUCUGUGUAAUUUAAUCCUUCGGUUUAAUUUAUUGUGAUGUAAUUAAUGUAAAAUUUUUAUACUUAGUUUUAGUCGUGUUUUUUUUUUUUUUUUGUAGAAAUGUAGUCGAAUUCAACUUUCAUUUUCAAUAAAUUAUUUUACGUUUUUAAAAAUAUUUUUCAAACUGCAAUGAA